AAGAGGACCGUGAAGGGCUCUCCGGUUGUGUUUGUGCGCUGUCACGUGGUUAACGACUGGUUGAAACCGACAGAAAGCUGCAGGAGAAACACAGACUCUCCGCCUCCUCCGGCAGCUCUUCCCCGGCCUGCCCGCCGCCAUGCAGCGCCUCUACAGCCUGGAUGUGUCCGCUCCGCUGCUGCGGACGCAGGGCUACGUGGACGGCCGCUGGGUCUCCGCAGCCUCGGUGUUCCCGGUGCUGGACCCGGCCACCGGACAGGAGAUAGCCCGGGUGUCGGACUGUGGCCCGGCGGAGGCCAAGCAGGCUGUGGACGCUGCGUUCAAGGCGUUUCAGUCCUGGAAGCAGCGCAGCGCCAAAGAGAGGAGCGUCCUGCUGAGGAGAUGGUUCGACCUGAUGACCAAUCACAAAGAGGAGCUGGCCCGACUCAUCACCUUCGAGUGUGGUAAGCCCCUGCAGGAGUCUCUGAGCGAGGUGGCGUACUCCGCCUCCUUCCUGGAGUGGUUUUCUGAGGAGGCUCGGCGAGUGUACGGCGACAUCGUCCCGUCGCCCAACAAAGACCGAAAGAUCCUCCUCCUCAAACAGCCUGUGGGCGUGUCCUCCAUCAUCACACCGUGGAACUUCCCCAGCGCGAUGAUCACCAGGAAGGUGGGAGCUGCUCUGGCUGCCGGCUGCACGGUGGUGGUGAAACCAGCCGAGGACACGCCGCUGUCAGCGCUCGCUCUGGCUGAGCUGGCGGAGCAGGCGGGGAUCCCGGCGGGGGUCUUCAACGUGGUUCCUUGCUCCAGAGAGAAGACUCCGUCAGUCGGGGAGGUUCUCUGCACCGACCCGCUGGUCGCCAUCGUCUCCUUCACUGGUUCCACCGCCACCGGCAAGGUGCUGCUCAGAAUGGCUGCUGACACGGUGAAGAAGGCGUCCAUGGAGCUGGGAGGCCACGCCCCCUUCAUCGUGUUCGACAGCGCUGACAUCGACGUGGCGGUUCGCGGGGCCAUGGCCUCCAAGUUCAGGAACUCUGGACAGACGUGUGUGUGCUCCAACCGUUUCCUGGUGCAGAGCGGCAUCCACGACCGCUUCGUGGAGCAGCUGGGCCGAGCAAUGGACGCCGAGCUCCGGCUGGGUCACGGCUCGGAGCCCGGCACCACCCAGGGGCCGCUCAUCAACAGCAGAGCUGCAGAGAAGGUGGUGCAGCAGGUCUCAGACGCCGUGUCCAGGGGAGCGAAGGUGCUGAAGGGCGGGAAGCGUCUGGACGGCUCCUUCAUGGAGCCCACUCUGCUGGCUGACGUCACCACAGACAUGCUCUGCACCAAGGAGGAAACCUUCGGCCCGCUGCUGCCCGUCAUCAGGUUCAACACAGAGGAAGAGGCUCUGGCGAUCGCUAACGCUUCUAACGUCGGGCUGGCCGGUUACUGCUACUCACAGGAUGUGAGUCAGAUCUGGCGGGUGAUGGAGGCGUUGGAGACGGGGAUCGUGGGAAUCAACGAGGGCCUCCUGUCCACGCCGGAGGCCUCGUUCGGCGGGGUCAAAGAGUCCGGGCUGGGUCGCGAGGGCUCCAAGUACGGCAUCGACGACUACCUGGACGUCAAGUACGUCUGCUUCGGAGGCCUCAAACCCUGAAGGAGACGGUCGACCAUCGCUGCAGUCAGAGUGGAUCAUACCUCUAAAUCUAAACUGACAAAUCUGAGUUAGUGAGAGGAAACAUAUGAAGCUAGUUGAGCAACUAUUUACAAAUCAUAAAAUAUUUUUCUAUCGUCCCACCUGACAUCCUUGAUCGCUCUGGUUGGACGGGUGUGAAGUGAAACAGGAUUGUUGUAUUUUCU